AUGUCCCAGGAUCGAUUCACUGCAAUCAGGACGACACAGCGUGUUCCGCGUAGUUGCACUUCUUGCACCUCGCGCAAAGUAAGAUGUGACAAAUCCAUUCCAUGCGGCACAUGCGUCCGUCGCGGACAUCCUGAGACUUGUGUUCGUGAGAUGGUAAUCUUCAGGGGGGAAAUGACGACGUAUCGAGACGCUUCACCAGUGCCAACAUACCAGGAUUUGAAAAGCGAAAAUGAGCAAUUACGGCAUGAAAAGGCACAGAAUUUACAACUUCAGUCAGGGCUACCAAGAUCAGAAAAUCCUAAUGGGGUGGCGCAUCGUGUCUUCAGCCAGCCGCCACGAAUGCAAUGGAUCGACCAAGAUGUAGAUGGGCUUGAGCAAAGGCUGUGGGAUAGGCUAGCUUCCGAUCUUCCAGCGUCGAGAUCAGUCGUGUCAAGCUGGGGCGAUAUAGUCCUACCAAGCCAGUCAUGCAGCGAACGGCUCCUUGAUUACGAUGAAAGAUGGAAUUCCUGGGUUCAUUACGCGCUCGAAUAUCCACAGUUCCGGCAUGAGUGUAAUGACUUUACGUCAACGAUGGCAAAUGGAGCCACCCUUGAUCAGGCUGACCCAUUCUGGAUGGCUGUCUAUUUCAGUGUGCUUAGUGCAGCACUCCUAAUGAUGGACGAUGACGAAGCAGAAGAGUUGACUCUCCAAGAGCCAUUCGGACACCAGAUGCUAAGUCAGAUAUGGUAUGACGCUGCCAUCUUUUGUCUUCACCGUGCCGACUUCAUGAGAGUUCCUCACAUACGAUCCGUCCAAGCAAUUGCUGUCCUUGGUAUAUGUUUCAACAACUUUGGAAAUUCAAAUCUAGGGCAGCAUAUGUGGAGUUGUGCACUGCGAAUCGCCCAGAGAAUACAUCUCGAUACGCCAUAUUCUCACCUGGCGGCAAAAAACUUGAGCAAAGAGGCACAACACCGCCUCUGGUGGACCCUAGUCAUCUGUGAAUGGUUAAGCCUCCCCUAUCACCCGCCUGCGUUUGACGAAGUAGACUUUGACGUACCUUAUCCUACGGCUCCAUCGCCUUCAACGUCAGACGUCACGAUAUCUCAUCAAGACCAUCCGGUGCACUACCACAUCUUCAUGGCCAGAACAGCAACAGUUUGGCACCGCUUCCUCCGAGCCGUUCGAAUAGGCCUCGACACGCUCGAAGAAACAAUUCGAGUCAUCAGGGCUACCGAUGAGGAGCUCGCAGGUAUCAUCGACACUCUACCCCUCCAUCUUCAACCAGAUAUGGAUGUAGGAAACGAAGAAGAGCACGCCCGUCAUUCUACGAAGGCGGCAUCAUGGGUCACUUGGCAGCGUUUUGAUCUAACGCUAGUUCUCUUACAUCUCCGCGUUCGGGUAAACCGGGCUCUGCAAGAUCAAUGGCUGUCCAAUUCAAACCAACAGCGACCAGAUUGGGCGAGAACAAUCACUGUGAGAUCUUCCGUGAGCAUCAUCUGGAUCAACAACAAUUGGAGUCUGCCGUCUUCAAUGAGAAAGCAGUGGGCACUUUCAUACCAAAUAUUCACAGCAGCCCUUGUUCUUCUUCGCGAAAUUCAGGAUAGGGAAGCUGGUCAUGACGAGGGGUACUGUGAAAUCGUUCAUACCGCCAUCGAAUUGCUCGACCAGGUCAAGUCGAGGAAUGCACUGGCGCAUCACGCUUCAACAAUUCUUCAAGAAAGACUUACCAGCUUGGAGAAGUCUUGA